AUGGUGAACAACUCUUGUGAGAAGGACGACCACUCCUGCGCCAACAGUGCAGAUGGUGAGUCGGGGGAAAAGGAUAGCAGCGAGCUGAAAGGGGAAGACAAACAAGCUCCCCCGGUUACUUCAACGGAGGAGAAGAAAAAAGGGGGCGGUGCUGUCCAGGUGGUGGACACUGGAAAGGAUGAUGCUCAUGUAGGAGAAGUGACUCCCCAUGGCAAGUCCAAAGGAGUGCCCAAGGAGAAGCCAAGUAGUGUGGCGGGUGAAAAAACGGACGAAACGCAAAACGGGAAGGAGAGUGGGCAGUCCAAAGGCCAAUCAACCGGUGCGCAAAUCGGAUCGUCCACCGAUAUACCAACAGAUGAAGUCUGCGUGAAGAGAAUUAUAAACGUAGAAAUCACGGAAGAAAUAAAAAGCUUCCUUAAGACGUUCACAAAAAGCAGGGACCAUAUCGUAGACUGGUGUUACAAAAACAAGGAACUCUAUUCCAGUAAAAUAAACGACAAAACGACCAACUUGUUUUUCCAAAAAACGAAAAACAUCCACCUUCUGCUCAACCAGGAAAGCAUCGACAUUGACACGCUCAAUAUUCUGCUCUACUUUUACAACUUGUAUUGUACCCACAACAACAUGGAAAAAAUCAACGCCCACAGUGUUAUGUGCACUUCCUACAUAACGUAUAGAGGCAUCUACGAAAACAUAAACCAAAACAGCAAGUCCUUCAAGAACCUGCUGAAGGAGGAGAAGGCCUACAAUAAGUUGAUCGGAAAAACCAACAACUUAAAUGACUUCUUCUCGAAUUACAAGAAGACCUACCCGUACGGGAUAAAUUUAAUUCUGGGUAUAUUCCUCACCUUUUUGAGCGGCUACUACGGGAGCCUCCUGUUAGGGUUUACCAAGUUUACGACGAGACUGAUAUGCGGAAUUGUCUUCUCCUACGUCACCCUCAUCCUGGAAGUUAUUAUUUUUAUAAUUAUAAACGAGAAGGUGGAAAAUCUGAAGAGAAGUCAGAAGAGCGCUGGCAGCAACUACGGCUUGUAUGAGAAGGUGUACUUUAAGAAGGAGCCUGGUGGUAAGGGCGAGGUAGACAACGCAGUGGGGGAAGAAGCCGAGUUGGUUACCCAGGGAGAGAUACAAGAAAUGAAAGAAGUCUCAGAUAAGCACCCCACGCUGAAGCAGCGUCGGAAGGUUUAG